AUGGCGAAGCCUGUUCUUGUCUCUUGCCUCUUGUUAUGUCUUCUUGUCGUGUCUGUUUCUGCAUCCCACCAAGAUGAAGACAAACAGGUAUAUAUAGUGUAUAUGGGCGCAGUACCAUCGAACGCGGGGUACAUGCCUUCUUCCCAACACAUUAAUAUCCUCCGAGAGGUCACUGGAGAGAGUUCGAUCGAGAAUCGCUUGGUGAGAAGUUACAGGAGGAGUUUCAAUGGGUUUGCAGCUACACUCUCUGAUUCCGAAAGAGAAAGAGUGGCCAAUAUGGAAGGAGUGGUGUCUGUGUUUCCAAGCAGGAAACUGCAGCUCCAAACGACAGCAUCAUGGGACUUCAUGGGGUUCAAAGAAAACAAAACGAAGCGCGUUCCUAAUCUCGAGAGUGAUAUAAUCGUCGGUGUCAUCGACAGCGGAAUCUGGCCUGAAUCUGCCAGUUUCGACGACAAUGGCUUCGGCCCUCCUCCCAAGAAAUGGAAAGGCGAGUGCGACGGUGGCCAAAACUUCACCUGCAACAACAAGAUCAUCGGAGCCCGAUACUACACCCGUAAUGGCGGAAUCAUUGGAACACCGCAGUCAGCGAGGGACCACAUUGGUCACGGCACUCACACAUCAUCGACUGCCGCUGGAAACAGCGUUAAGGACGCCAGUUUCUACGGUCUCGGCCUCGGAACCGCGAGAGGGGGCGUUCCUGCUGCAAGAAUCGCGGCCUACAAAGUCUGCGAUCCGGGCGGUUGCUUCUCUGACCGGUUGCUUUCAGCGUUUGACGACGCAAUCGCCGACGGCGUCGAUGUCAUCACCAUCUCCGCGGGAGCAGAUUUAGCGGCAAGGUUUGAGCAAGAUCCUAUAGCGAUCGGAGCAUUCCACGCAAUGGCUAAAGGGAUUCUGACUGUGAAUUCGGCCGGGAACAACGGUCCUUCAACGAGUACAGUCUCCAGUGUCGCGCCAUGGAUUCUCUCUGUAUCCGCGAGUAACACUAAUCGUGCGUUUUUCACCAAAGUUGUUCUUGGAAAUGAAAAGAUAGUUGGAAGAUCAGUGAAUUCGUAUGAUCUGAAGGGAGGAAAGUACGAUCUGGUGUACGGAAAAUCUGCUUCAAGUAGGUGCGACGAAGGGUCUGCCAGGAUUUGCUCGUCGGGAUGUCUGGACAAGAAACUGGUUAAGGGAAAGAUUGUGUUGUGUGAUACUCCACUUGGCAGCCACGAGGCUGAAUGGGCCGGAGCUGUCGGAACCAUUGUGAAGAAUGACAGAUCAGAUGUCUCCAAUGUAUUCUCUUCUCCCGUCGCUGCCUUGUCCGAAGACCAAUAUGAAACUGUCGUCUCUUACGUGACCUCCACAGAAGAUCCGAAAGUUUCUAUCCUGAAAAGUGACACGAGUAUGAACGAGACAGCUCCGGUCGUGGCUUCGUUUUCAUCUCGUGGUCCGAACACUAUCAUUCCGGAUAUCUUGAAGCCGGACGUGACAGCACCGGGAAUUGAAAUCUUGGCUGCUUACUCGCUCGACGCUUCUCCGUCAGGGGAUGCUGCACACGACAACAGACGUGCGGAGUAUGUUGUUCUUUCCGGAACAUCCAUGUCUUGUCCGCAUGUUGCAGGUGCAGCAGCGUAUCUGAAAACAUUUCACCCUGACUGGUCUCCAUCCAUGAUCAAAUCCUCCAUCAUGACAACCGCUUGGCCAAUGAACGCUACCGAAGACGCGGAAUCUGUGUUCGCCUUUGGAUCCGGCCAUUUGAAACCAACAGCAGCUGCUGACCCGGGACUCGUUUACGAAUCCACUAAAGCCGACCACAUAGCGCUUCUAUGCGCAUUGAACUUCACAACGACGUCGCUCAGACUCAUCUCUGGAGACAACAGCACUUGCACCAAAGAACAGGCUGACACAUUGCCCAGAAACCUCAACUACCCUUCCAUGGCAGCUGCGGUUUCGUCGCAGACGGAGUUCAACUUGACAUUCGUAAGAACUGUCACAAACGUGGGUAUGGCGAACUCAACGUACAAAGCGAAUGUUGUCGAAGGAGCGGGCUCUUCCAAGAUCGAUGUCAAGGUCGAACCGGAUGCUCUGUCUAUGAAGUCAAUGUACGAGAAGAAGUCUUUUACAGUGACGGUUUCAGGCAAAGCCCUUAAGCCAUUGGAACCCAUGUCUGCAACUCUGGUCUGGUCGGACGGUACGCAUACGGUGAGAAGCCCCAUCGUUAUCUAUGCGAAGGGCGCCACCAAAUUAGAAUCUGGUUAA